UAGGGACUUUUAUUUUGUCUCAUCUGGUGACGGUGCUCUAGGACUCCCGAGCCUCAGUGCAAAGCUAAUAAUCCUAGAAAUCGGCGGUGUGUGUGACACACUCAUCCACUCUGUUUCUGCCUCUCUUCACCAUACACGCCCAGGAGGAUGAACAAACCCGCUAGAGAAGAUGAGAACUGCACUUAAUGUCACUUUUUAAACUCUUUUUUUUCGACCAGUGUGAUGGUAACGUGGCUCAUCAACGCCGGGGGAUUUUCAGGAACUUUUUUCACCUCGGAUGCUCCGGAUCUAAUGGUUUUAUUAUUUAGAGUUGUCUUUAAACAGCCAAUAACUGUCUAAAAUCGAUCUUUAAUUUAUGUUAUCAAGUAUAUCUUUUUUUUUUUAGAAUCGCCAAUGUUUAAAAACAUUUCAUUUGUUUGUGUCCGACAAGAGACGAUUUAUCAGCUCAAAAUCUCGCAGAUUCAUUCACGGGCGGUUUGCUGUCAACUGGCGUGUUAAAAAUGCUACUUAGAGUGUCAGUAGUUGUGCAGAAGCUCUAAUAUUUUAAAGAUUUGAUUUAAUAAUUGUAUUUUGUGUUAAAACACAUCUGUCUGUCGCUGUCGUGCUGGUCGGUUGAAGUGAGAUUUACGAGCCUCAACCCACCGUUCACGUGUUUCCACCCACCCUCCGUGAACUUUCAUUUUUGCUGUUUGUGAAGGAGUUUUAUUAGUCAGUACUAGGAAGGAAAGUGUUGUUAUUGUGCUGGGAUGCGGAAGGGAGCGGAGUAGGGCUGAUGGUAAACAUGUUAAGGGUUUAAAGUGAAUGGCCCGGUGAUCAUGUCGUCUGUGGAGGGUGUUUUCUCCUGGCUGGGUGACUGGCAGUGGCUCUGCAUGGUCACUCUCUUUCUGGCCUCUAUUGUCACAUUGAUUAUAUAUUUGGUGCUGUAUUUUUCCAACGAACCUCCUGUUGGGAAAACACCUCUCAAUGGUGUGGAUUCUGAGGAAGCGGAUGGGAUUUUAUGCUGGGUGCUUUCUCUGAAAAGCUGGAAGAGUCAGUGGAGAAGAGCCUGGUUCAGGAGCCUCAAUGAAGAGGCUUGUAGAUCACAGAGUGGGAUUCAGUUGACAUUUGAAGAAGAUGGUGUUCAAUCAUCAGAACUGGCCGUGGACCAGAUUUCAAGCUUUACGAAAACACCCGGUCAAAAAGAUGUCCUGUGUCAGGUGGUUGGAAACAAGCUGCAGUUUUCUCUCAGUGCUUUACCACGUUCAAUGUCUUCAGAAACCCCCCUGAAAUACAGUGUGAAGAUAUCUCCACUUCGUCUGCAGCUGGCCCUACAGAUGAAAGAGGUGAACGAGGAGGUGGAGAUUUCCUGGGGGGUACUCCAUCUGGACUCAAAUUUGCAGCUUACACCAAGUUUUACACAGAAUGCCCAUGACACUCUAUUUGUGUUUCAGGGAGAUUGUGAAAAUCUAAGUCAGGCCGCUGUGAACAACAGGCUCAGACAGGUCUUAAGUCGAGCUCAAGCAUCCGUAACUCUGAGUAGCCGGCAUGCAGAGUCUGCAGAAGUCAAGGAAGUAAGGAACAAGACCUCGCAGGUGACCUCACCCCCAAAGCCCCCACGAGCUCAUGAGUGGAAACUAUUAGUGAAGAACAUCCGGGUCACAUGCAAACAGGAGGAUGGUGCUGCAGGCGGCAUGAAUCCCCAGUGUAUCCUCCAAUUGGAUGAUCCUCCUCAGAGGGUCACCAGUUCAGUGUUGACUAACACAUCCACCCCGGCCUGGGACCAGCCCUUCAUAUUUGAGCUUAGCGGCCGGUCAAAAGAGCUGAACAUCCAGGUUGUGGAUAACGGCAGAACUCUGGAGAAUGGUUUAUUAGGGCAGGUAUCUGUGCCUUUUGAUCUAGUGAAGAAACACCCCAAAGGUCAACAGACGUUUUCACUCCUGACCAAAGAUCAAGUGACCGGAUCACUAACUACUGAGUUCACCUACCUGGAGCCCAGCGAGGUGCGUAGCUGGCAGAUGCCCACGCCGGCCCCUACUAAAAAAGUGGAGAUGGACCGCACUGUGAUGCCCUGUGGCACUGUUGUUACCACUGUCACCGCUGUGAGGAGCAAGCCAGGACGACCUUUAGCACCUGAAUCCAAAUCGCCUUCUAAAAGCAAGCUGGCAGAGAGAAGGGUGUCGGAGCAGACGUCACUACACGGAGCCAAAGUUAGCAAAGCCCUGUCAUCAUCAGAUACAGAGUUAUUGAUGUUAAACGGGACCGACCCUGUAGCCGAAGCUGCCAUCAGACAGCUCCAUGAGUCGGCAAAACAAAAGCUUAAAUCACCUGUGAAAAAGAGCACCAUCAUCAUCUCAGGAGUGGCCAAGGCCCCUCUGACACAGGAUGAGGAGAUGACUCUGAUGGCAGGAUACGCAGCUGCGAUGGACGCUUCAAUGUCCGGAGCAUCUGAGGACAUCAGCAGCGAAGCAUUACCCUCAGAAACAGUGGUAGAACCCACCGUUCUUGAACCCACAGAAUCUCUGGUGGGAGCGAAUGGCACAGACCACGUGGAGGACUGGGAGAGCCAGGCUGGAGAGGACCCAGAUGCAGAUAAAACCUCUCUCUGUAUCUCUGAAACGGGUUCCAAAAAAGGAAAAGGCAGCUUCCUGCACAAGAGUGCCAAGCUAUUCUUCAGACGGCGACAUCAGCGAAAGGAGCCUGGGAUGAGCCAGUCCCACAAUGACCUGCAGUACUUGGAGCAUCCCGAGGCGGCCGUGAUGGGAGACCGGGAAAAGAGGACAGCCACCUUCAGGCGCAUCAUCAACCGCAAGCUUCUGCCCAAGAGCAAGAGCAAAACCAACGGCACAGUGAGAGAACCACCCACAUGAGCUGCCCACUCCGUCACCUUCAUCAAAGCUAAUAGCUUUUGCACCUCUUAAGCUUUCUAACAUUCUCCUUUUCACAAUCAUUCUCAUAACUUUUAUGCAAGUCGUAGCAACAAUCACUCUCAUCAACUCCAUAUUAACACCAUGAUCCAGAUUCCCUGAAAACCUAUUCCAUUAUUCAGAUCUCUCAGCUUGGUUCUGCUCCAUGAAUAUGGAGCCAGAAUAAUCUCAAUAAUAAUUCACGCAAAAGACGCGAUGCACACACGCGUAACCCAAUUCAAAUGCAUGAGAAAUAAUUCAUGUGCACGAAAAAAAUAUAUAUAUUCACAAAAAACAAUUCAUGUGCACAAAAUAAGAAUAUAUAUUAAUAAAAUAAGUUUCAAAACACUAUUUACAGAUGUACAACUGUGUACAAAAUUUUUGAAUGUUUAAAAUUCACGAGUUUAUCAUGAGUUGUGUGUAUUUUUGAGACUUUCCUGGCAGUGAACUCCUCCCACGCGGGAUACUCAUACUCUUUAGCCAAUCAGAUUUGAGCCUGUCAGUCGACCAAUCAUAACCCACUGUGGGCGUAUGAAUCGUGUGCCCUGGGCGUGCCUACCUGGAUGCUGACAUCAUCAGCGUGAAAGCACUGUUCAAGUUACGAUUCAGCAGGGGUAUGUGCAGCUGAUCGUUUUAUUUCAGUUAACUAGCCAAGUAAAGAUUUAUCAUUUUAUUUUUACAUGUUUGCCUAAAACUUGGAAGAAAAAUUGGUCGUUUAGACACUCGAUAAUGUGAACAAUGUAAGCCAGCGGCUGCUAUGAUUGGUCGACUGACAGGCUCAAAUCUGAUUGGCUAAAGAGUGCGAGUAUCCCACGUGGGAGGAGUUCACUGCCAGGAAAGUUUCAAAAAUACAUACACAAAUCCAAGCGAUUCACAUUCACAACCCGUGAUAAACUCGUGAAUUUUAAACAUUCAAAAAGUUUGUACACAGUUGUUCAUCUGUGAAUUGUGUUUUGCAUUUGUGAAACAUAUUUUACGAAUAUAUAUUUUUAUUUUGUGCACAUGAAUUGGUUUUUGUGAAUAUAUAUAUAUAUAAUUUUUUUAUUUAUUUUUUGUAAUUUUUUUUUUUUUUUUUCGUGCACGUGAAUUAUUUCUCAUGCAUGUGAAUUGGGUUACGCAUGUGUGCAUCGUUUCUUUUGCGUGAAUUAUUAUUGAGAUCAUUCUGGCUCCAUACAUGAAGACUGUCUGCCUAGCGCUAGAUUUAUCUCUCCAUCCAUUUGUGCGCGUGUUUAUGCAAGAAAGUUUACAAGACAGCAUUGAAAUGAGCACUCACUCUCUUCAUCACUCCAUAUGACUGUCAUUUAACCUUAUGCAAAUAUUGAUCGUCAUGCAAAAGAUAUUCUGUGUUUGUGGCCUUCUAACCAAAGCGGGAUUUGAGGACAACUCUUUCUUGCCAUCUACCUGAACUUUAACCUUCUGGAAACCCUCUGGCGACCUGAUGGAUCCUGAAAUAUCAGACAAGGGAAUACCAUCGAUUUUGAUUUGCACUUGUUAAUAUGCUCAGAACUCAUUCCAAAUGCAUUUGCAGGGAUGUGCAGUGAACUCUGUGAGGUUUGGUGGUGAAGAUGCUCUGAAUUAGUUUAUUAAAAUGAUGUGAAAGACCUCUGUCUUGAUGUGAAUUGAAUAUGGGAAUUUUCAUUUUAUUAAGGAGAAAAAUCUGCAGUUUCACCAAAUUUGACUCUGGGAAUAGAGUUUUAAUGAUCAGCGAAACAUUUUCAAACAGAGCAUAACAUUUAAAAUGUUCUGGUUUGGCACUGAUAUGUUCGCUUUUAAAAACGGUUUGGUUUUUUAAUCAUCUUUUAAUUUCUAAAUAUUCAAACAGAGAUGGGAAAAUAUCAGUAAAAGGUUAUUUUAUUUUAAAUAUUAUCCUUUUAAGGACACAUUAUUCAGUGUAAUUAUGUGUAAGCAUAUUUGAUUGUUCACUUUUUUUCCACAGUUAUUCCAUCAUGCCUCACAUUAAAAGAAAUGUGUGUUAAUUGUACCAAAGGUUUUUAACACUAAGCAAGGGCAUUUUCCCAUAGAGAAAGACCAGAAUGCAUGAGAAUUUAGCCAAACGAUAAGUUCAUGAUUUAUGAGAUUUUCCCAAGUGUGCAGUCUUCAUUUACCUGUACUCUUAAGCCACCUGAAAUGGCUGUGAAUGAUAACAAGUUUGUAUUUUGGACCUCAUCUGUUGAGCCUGUGUGGAGAACUGUAGUGGAUUUGUAUUAUGGGAGACUAAAUAACAGGCUCCGCUUGACAUUUACUUGAUCUCAAACUGCAUAUGUAGAAGAAACCUGAAUGCCUGUCCAUACUGAAUGUUGCCAGAAAGAAACCUCAGCAGUCUGGCUGUUAAAUAUGUAUUUUAGGAGGACUACUGUUCUGUGUUUUUUCAUUUUUGUCUGUGUUGUGUGUUGCUAUGUACAUCCUGGCUGUCACAAAAUCAAAGAGGUAUUUUCCAAUGAAAUGGAAGGAGGCACAUGAAGAUUUUAUUUUUGUCAUGCUUGAUUGGCCGGCCAGAGGUGAUCUAGGCAUUAAAUGAAAUCUAACACAUCAGUCCUCUGUAUAUGCAUAUCAUCAUAAUAUAUCCAUGUGCAUUAAAGAACUCCUCUCAUUAACUUAA